AAGUGUAUUAAAACCAACGGCACCGUUGCAGAGAAGGGGGGGUGGGGGGAGGUGGAAGAUGAUUUAUUUUACAAAUGAUAUGGGCCAGAGAGCUUGACUGAGCAAGGAAGUGUAUUGUGGCAGUCCGCAAUGGCUGAGAAAGUGCGCUGCUUCCUCAUAAAAGAUUAGCCUUUUCUGAAACUCUCAAGUCUGCACAUGUUAAGAUUGUUUGCAUUUUUUUAAAAAAUGGAAACAAUCGAACCCGUUUUCUUUUUGGAGGGGGUCGGGCUGGGAAUGUCCUUAAGUGCUAAGCUGCGCAUGGGUGCUAUAAUGCGGGAGAAAAAAGAAGAUUUGCUUUCCUUCUCCAUAUGCAGGAAAAACAAGGUUUUGAUGAAAUAGCCAAGGAAAACGCAUGUGGAAAACCCCGGGAUUGUUGCCCCGCGUCAGUGUCAAGAAAACCCUGCAGGCACAAAGGAUUUUCCUGGGAGAUACGUUGAAGACAAGUCCUUGCCAUGAAACCACUCACAGAAGAAGCUGUAGAACAAUACAUUCAGAAUAAGGUGGACCUGAGGCACCGAACAGUGGCCAAAACGGUGGAUGAAGUGCAAAAAAUCAUACAACGGCUUACCACCGAAAUUAGCAACAAGGAUUCUCGUUUCCAGGCAAUUUCUAACUCUGGGAUUCAUAAUGAAAACAUGAAGGUCUUAACACCCGGCCAGUUCCUCAUUACCGUUCCCUUGCUUGGCCUUUCUGGGUACAAAGAAGGCCAGGUACGGCACUGGCGCUACUACACGACGCAUGGAGCCAAGCUCCUGUCUCCUGUCAGGGACCCGGAGGAGUUGCAGCAGUGGCUGGAAGUGGAGCAGUUCUCCAAGAGCCUCCAACAGUGGCAUGAGCCAGAUGUGAACAUCGAGGGUGACAUCGUGCCUGCCAAGGUCCUGGCUGUCUUCAGAGAACUUGUGGAGAAAGCGAUCGUAUCUCACCAUCUCGCGGACCGAGUCAGCAUUUUGGAAGGCUUCAGUCCGGUGGUCCAUGUUGCUGUUGAGACCCCUGAUGUCCAGGUUGAGGUUGAGCUGGUUCCAACAAUUGAGAUCCCAACUUGUUGGCCUCGGAAAAUCAAGUGGCCCCGGUGUUUCAAGCGCUGGCCUAGCCAGGAAAAAGUGCAAUGCGUCAAGUCUUUUGGCUUUGACCUCUUGGCCUCUUCCAAUUACCACUGGUACCUGAGCUUCUUGAGAGCUGAGCACAUCCUGAUGCAGGGACUCGAUGAGGACGGCGGUUGCCGCAUGAUGUGCUUCCGGGUUAUGAGGCAGAUGAAGGAAGAUGUCUGGUGUGCAGGAAAUAAGCCAGUCCUCACAGCCUUCCACCUGCAGAUGGUGCUUUUCUGGACGUGCGAGAAGUACCCUCGCUCCAAGGACUGGUCCUGCUUCCGCAAAGGCUUCCUGCGGAUGGUUCGCAAGUUGCACAAAUGUGUGAGCCAGCACUUCCUGAAGCAUUACUUCAUCAAAGGCACCAACCUGCUGAAGUAUGCCAACACCAACGACCUGGAUAUGGUAGCAGGCAAGCUGGCUGUCUUCUUGGAAAACCCUACGCUUCCUCUGGACUGAGAGAGAUGGACAAGCAGACUCCUGAACCAGGUUUUGCCCUGUUCCUUAGUUCUUCCGUGUGGUGAGUAGUGAGGACCGACACCUGGGAGCAAACUCUUCUGUCUUCUGCCUCUCCGUGAUUAGUUUGCUUAAGUCUCACCUUUUGGAUCUGGAGCCAGCCAGCCUCUUUUGCAGAAACUCAGCCUGUUGAGAGUGGAUGGGCAGAGACUGCUACCUACUUCUAUUUUGUACCUUCUCUAGAUGGGCUAAGCUCAAAAGCAGUUUGACAUAUUUGGAUCCAGAGCUGAGCACGCUGUGUUUGCUUCUCCUGGUCAGCAAAAUUGGGGUGAAAGAUAAAGAACUGUUGUGCAUUUAUCAAUGCGCUAAAAAGUUGGUGGGGAGCAUCUUGAAAAAUCUGAUGGGGUGUGUGUGUGUGUGUGUGUCUCAAAGUCCUUGAUCUGUUGUUGAAUGAACCUUACUUGUUGGUUGCUAAAUAUCCCCGUUGCCUCUUUCGGUUUUCCCUCCUUCUUGCCCCCAACAGUUACCUUCUCUUGUUUUUAGGAAUAGCCAAUGUCUGUCUGCAUGGACAGCAGGAAAAAAUAAUAAUAGUAAUUUUUUGUUUAUACCCUGCCCAUCUGGCUGGGCUUCCCCAUCCACUCUGCGCGGCUUCCAACAAAAUAUUAAAAUACAGUAAUCCAUCAAACAUUAAAAGCUUCCCUAAAUAUAUAUAUAGAUUCCAUAAAUAUAUAUAAAUGAAAGGAGCACCAUAAUAAAUGCAUCUGGGGAAUGCAUGCAACUGGAUCCAAGUCAAAAAGCCCGCCAGUUAUUAUCUUGUCUGGAAGCUAGUGGCAUGUGUUGCUCGUUUUAGUUUGUGUUCACAAAGAGCACAAUAUCUACAAAAUGUACUCUAGUAAAAUCCAGUCUUUAAGCCAACAGAGGCAGGAUGCCUCGUAAUACAGUCUAAGUUCUGGCAUUGCGAAUCCUCCCCUCUCUCUUUUGUCUCUUUGUAACAUGGGAUGUAGCCCUCAAGUGUGUGAAUGAGAAUAUGGGCUUCCAGUGUUUGUUGCUACCUUUGUUCAUGCCAUGUUACCAGCUUUCCUGCAGUGGCAUUCAGAAGUGGUCCUGACUGCGAAGGGAUACUUAUUUUUCUGUGCAAUGUUCAGGGUUUUGUCUUUUAACCAGAGACCCUUUAACGGUUCAGUAGAGCGCAUGCUAGAAUAAAAUGUUUUUUUCCUCAAUUAGUUACACUUGUGGACAGCCGAUGGCAUGGAUAAACAAUGGUAAAGGUUUUUUAAA